AUGGAUGUCAAGAAUGCUUUUCUACAAGGAGAACUUGAAGAUGAAGUCUAUAUGCAUCCUCCACCAGGCUUGGAACAUUUGGUGAAGAAGGGAAACGUGUUGAGACUGAAGAAAGCUAUUUAUGGAUCCAAGGAAGGUUUGUUCAUGUCCCAAAGAAAGUAUACACUUGAUCUCUUGAAAGGUGCAUGUGCUUAUGGAGGCAAGACAGCAAGGAUGCCUAUGGAGGAUGGUUACAAAGGACCAAGAGAGGGGGAGAUUGAAGAUAGCAAACCAUUCCAGGAUCCUAAACUCUAUAGAAAACUAGUUGGCAAAUUGAUCUACCUUACCAUUACAAGGCCUGAUAUUUGCUUUGCUGUGAAUCAGGAGAGCCAACACAUGCAGAUACCUAAGGAGCAUCAUUGGCACAUGGUGGAGAGGAUCUUGAUGUAUCUAAAUGGUUCACCUGAUCAAGGAGUAUGGAUGGGCUGCAAUGGAAGCCCAGAGGUUGUUGGAUACUGUGAUGCGGAUUGGGCUGGUGAUAGAGCUGACAGGAGAUCAACAACCGGCUAUUGCACAUUCAUUGGAGGCAACUUGGUGACUUGGAAGAGCAAGAAGCAAAAGAUGGAAAGCGGUACAAAGAUGAAGGUUGCUGUGACUUUCAAGGGAAGUAACUACCUAGUAUGGUCUAGGAUGGUGAAGACUGCUGUGGGAAGCAAGGGUUUAUGGAAGCAUAUCACAUCUGGUGAGGCUCCAAAGCUCAUUACCCAAGGAGGAGACAAGGAGAGUGUCUCGUAA